AUUCAUCUGUUUGUGGUUCAAAUUCACAAAAUUUUUGUAUGUACAAAAGAAAAGGCUGCUGAACACAAUCCAUGUCAACGAAGAUUGCUUCCUUUUCUGGGUCGGCUAAAUACUACACCGUCCAUUGAAAGAACCAUUCGAGAAGCUUGUUGAAUGAGCUAACGCUGGGUUGUUAAUGGGGACAAUUCCUUUGCUUGUCACAUCAUGGCUUGUGGAAAUCGUUCUGUUUACGAAACUUUUAGGAGCAGAUUAUUUGACCCAAUUGAAUCUGUUGUAUUUCACAAGCUUAUAAUUGGUUGAAAUUAUCAGGGGGAGAGGACAUGAAGAUCAGAGACGUAAUCUGCCACUGGUACAACGAAAGAGUUUUAUGGGUUUUACAAGCACUCAUCUGUAAUAUUUGAUUAUUGGUUUUCCAUGGCAGCAAUCAACAGUUUUGUCGCUCAAAGGCUUCUUCCAUACACAAAAAUCGAAAAACCCCACUUGAUUUCAGUUCUUCAUUUCACCAAGAGCAGUAUAAAAUUCAACCCAUCUGAUAAUUUGAUCCUCUCGACCGUCAGAAGAAGAAGAUGGGGUGUUAGGUCGAUCAGUGAAGACCAAGAGUUGGUUCGUUUGGAGGAAAAUCGUUCGGAGGAUGAAGAACACAGCUUAUCCCUUGAUGGGUCCGAGAAAAUUGAGGCAUAUUCAUCUUCUUCUUCUUCUUUCUCUGAAGAGAAUGGAGCAGAUGAAGUGUUGAAAGGUUUCAGUGGCAGAGCUGUUAAUGCUACCAUUGUUUUGGGAUUUGGAACCUUGCUGGUGACUAAAUUGCUUACCAUUGAUCAUGAGCUAUGGCAUGGAUGGACCUUGUAUGAGGUGCUAAGAUAUGCACCUGAGCACAAUUGGAUUGCCUAUGAAGAGGCUCUCAAGACGAACCCCGUUUUGGCUAAAAUGAUGAUAAGUGGAAUUGUUUAUUUUCUUGGAGAUUGGAUCGCUCAAUGUUAUGAAGGGAAGCCACUGUUUGAGUUUGACAGGGCACGCAUGUUUAGAUCUGGUCUUGUUGGGUUUUCUCUCCAUGGAUCUCUUUCUCAUUACUACUACCAAUUCUGUGAGAUUCUCUUCCCGUUCAAAGAUUGGUGGGUGGUACCCGUGAAAGUUGCAUUUGAUCAAACUGUCUGGUCAGGUGUGUGGAAUAGCAUAUACUAUGUGGUUUUGGGGAUUCUUCGUUCAGAAUCUAUGAACGAUAUCUAUGGCGAAUUGAAGUCGACAUUUUGGCCAAUGCUUACAGCAGGUUGGAAACUUUGGCCAUUUGCUCAUCUCAUAACUUAUGGUGUUAUUCCUGUUGAGCAAAGGCUUCUAUGGGUGGAUUGUGUGGAGCUCAUUUGGGUCACCAUUCUCUCGACAUACUCGAAUGAGAAAUCCGAAGGACGAAUAGGCGAGGCAUCAACAGGAGAAAACGAAGCUUCACCAAGCAGUCAAUCAGACAAGGAUCAAACAUAAUGGGGGAAAGUUGGCUAGGCAGAGAACAUAUUCUAAUCUUGCAAGAUAUCAGAAAAGAAGUUAUUGUUUUAUUCCCGAAACAGAUUGUAAAAUGUCUGUUGGUUGUAGAUAUAAUUACAACAGAACGCACAUGCACAUAAAAAAUGCAAUUUACUGCAGAUUUCAUUUUCCAAGAAGAUGAAGCAUCCUCUAUUAAAAUAACUUUGUUCCCAGA